AGAGAGAGAGAGAGAGAGAGAGAGAGAGAGAGAGAGAGAGAGAGAGAGAGAGAGGGAUUGGUGGGAUGCUUUAAUAGGUGGUUUAAUUGGAAACAUUGGGACCACCUCAUCUCCUUGCCUUUACAGAGGCUAAUUUGUGGAACAUUUUGCACCAACAUAUUGGCAUCUUCUUUUUAUAUCUUUCUUCUUAUCUCUCUCUCUCUUUCUCUAAAAGGACUCUGCAGUUGUCUUGAAAUUUGAUCAGAAUUUCAACCCCACAGCAUAACAGAGUAAAACCCUUCUGACAAAAGCUGGGCACAACUCUAGUUUAGCUCCAGUUCUAGGGAUUCGUACACGCCAAUGAUCUGUACUCAUAUUUGUAGGUAUUUAUGUCUUUGUUGAUUUUCUGGGUUUUGUUAUUGUUUGGUUUUGGGUUCAUGUAUUAAUAGAAGAUUAAGUAAAGACAAACAUGUCAUGUGGCGGCUGUUGGCUUGCGUACCAGGCAAAGGACUGUGAACUCUUUCUGUCCAUGGUCUUGUAAAUGUGUACUUCAAAGAGGAACGACUAUAACUACAAGUUUUUUCAUUAAGUUCACAAAGGUUAAAUAUUUAUAUAGGGUAGAUUUAAAAAUUAAAUUAUUUUGACUAGUAUUUUAAUUUUUGGGGGGUUGAUUUGAUCAUUUUUUAUAGAUAGCGGGGGGGGUAUGAAAUAAUUGAGGGGUGGAUUUUAUUUCCAGGAAGUCUGUUUUGGAUGCAUUUAUAUCAUGGUGCAUUGACCAGCUUGGGCUGUGUGUGAGAGAGAGAGAAAAUCAAAUGAUGAACAAGGCCUGGAGGUCAUCAUGAACCCCCCCUAUCUGAUUUUCUAUUUCUGUUUCUGAGGAGAUAUCUGAUCUUUCUUCUUGGGUUGGCUUUCAUGGCACUCCAUGUCAUGUUGGGUUAUUAAGAGAACAAGUCUUAGAAAAAACCAAAAGGAAGGCCCCUUCAUCACCACCAUCACCUCCACAUAUGGUUACCGUCAAUUCAAAAAUAUAAUCAAUUCUCCUACACAAUCGGUAAAUUCUCCUUCUCUCUCUCUCACACACAUACAUACACACAAGUUUGUGUAGUCUGUGGUACAGUAAGCUAGUAAAGUUUCUAGUGUUUUUUGAGAAAAAGAUAUAACUGUGUUUUUUUGGGGAUAUUUUGCGGAGUGGAACUUGAUGAAUUUGUAGUUGCAGAGCAUGGAAGUCUUCAGAUGUAAAAUCUAGAGGCAAGAACCAGAUAAAACAAUAGAGCAGCUACAGCAAGGACAAAUAAGGUUUCCGUCAUAUAUGGCUGGUGAAGAUAAAGCAAGAAACUUGGUGUCAUCUACUGGCUAUUGUUACUCUGAUGUUUCAUCGAGUAACCCAAACAUUCAAACCCAUCUGGUGAAUCAGAUUCAGAACUUGUCCAACCCAGAGAUCUACAACUUGACCACAGGCAUGGAUAUGAUAGGGUUUCCAACAAAAAAUCUACAGCAACAUAGUGACAACAACUCAGCCAUGUGGAAAGGGUUCUUCGGCAAGCCAAACCCCCACCACCCCGGCACCGGUCCGUCCUCUUCGAAGACAAUCGGUGAGCCAACAAGAAGUGAUUUUUAUCAACAUGAGUUUAGUAAGCUUGAUUUCACACCUGGUGUUUCUGAUACCACAAAUGAGAACUUGAUGAUUGCAACAGAUCAGUCAACAUCUUGGCAUCAAGAGGACAGAUUGCUUGUUGAUGACCCAUCUUUUAGGUGUGUGUUUCCUUGUGAAGGAAACGAAAGGCCUAGUCAAGGUCUCUCACUCUCUCUCAGUUCAAGCAAUCCUUCCACUAUCGGGUUACAAUCCUUUGAACUGAGACAACAAGAUGAUAUAAGGUUUGCUCCUUCAAGUUCUAGAGAGAUGUUCUUUGGAAAAUAUUUGAAUACAACACAACAGCAAGAACUGAUGCAAGAUGGGUUUUUGGAAAAAGCUUCAAAUCUUCAUCAUCAAGGCCACUUUUAUAUCAGGAACUCUAAGUACUUGGGUCCUGCUCAGGAACUGCUGAAUGAGUUGUGUAACCUUGGAACAAAGCAAACUGAUCAUCCAUCCAAGAUAAAGCUCCACAAGACCAAUCAGUGGCAGGAUGAGAAUGCAAGUAGUUCAAAAAAGCAAUCUUUGUAUUCCCUUGACCUCCUGGAAUUGCAGAAAAGAAAAACAAAACUGCUUCAAAUGCUAGAAGAGGUGGAUAGAAGAUACAAGCACUAUUGCGAUCAAAUGAAGGCUGUAGUGUCAUCAUUCGAAGCGAUGGCCGGAAAUGGGGCUGCAAGAGUGUAUUCGGCCUUAGCUUCUAAGGCCAUGUCGAGGCAUUUUAGAUGUCUAAGAGAUGGGAUUGUUGAUCAGAUUAAAGACACCAAGAAGGCAAUGGGAGAGAAGGAUACAGUCGCUCCGGGGGCGACUCGAGGCGAGACGCCAAGGCUUAGGCUUCUUGAUCAAACUCUGAGGCAGCAGAGAGCUUUUCAGCAGAUGAGCAUUAUGGAGAGUCAUCCAUGGAGACCCCAGCGUGGCCUGCCUGAGAGAUCUGUGUCUUUUCUUAGAGCUUGGCUCUUCGAGCACUUUCUUCACCCGUACCCAAGCGAUGUAGAUAAACACAUCUUAGCCCGCCAAACUGGUCUCUCAAGAAGCCAGGUAUCUAAUUGGUUCAUUAACGCAAGAGUGAGGCUAUGGAAACCUAUGGUGGAAGAGAUGUAUUUAGAAGAAACAAAGGAGCAAGACAAUAUGGUGGGCUCCUCUGAUGGAGUUACAGCCCUUGAUAACAAUGGUGGCCGGCAGAAUCAGAAUCCUCAACCGCGUCUCGAAGAUCAGAAACCAACCCAAGACCAACUAGUUCGAAUUGAUUCAGAGUGUCUCUCUUCUAUCAUCAACAAUCCAGAGAAAAAUGAUAGUAAAUUAAGUAGCAAAAGCCUGCAAAAUGAGGAGCCUCACAGCCUGUACCACCACCACCACCAGCAUAGUUUUGGCAGAUUGGCGGACUCAUUUGGUGCCGUGGAAUUGGACUUCUCAUCCUACAAUCAUCACACUGAGGGAGGUGUUUCUUAUGCUAAUGAAAACGCUAAUCACAAUUUUGGCAGUGGCGGCAGUGGUGGUGGCGGAGUGUCGUUAACAUUAGGUCUACAGCAGCAUGGUGGAAGUGGGGUGAGCUUAGCAUUCUCUUCCACAUCUCAAAGUUCUCUCUUCUACCCUAGAGACCAGAUUGAAGAUGGCCAACCAGUUCAGUACUCACUUCUUGAUGGUGAAGGACAGAAUUUGCCUUACAGGAACUUGAUGGGGGCACAGUUGCUUCACGACUUGGCCUAGGAGGGCAAAAGGAAACAAAAUUUUAUCAAGGGGUUGAUGAUGUUUGGAUUUGGAGAUGUUCUUGUCAGUCAAAGGAUGGUGAUCUAAUUACAUGGGAUAGAUUGAUAAAAGAAGGGUAAUGCGAUUAUGAUUAAAAAAAAUGACAAAAAAUAUGGACCAAAUAAUAUGACAAGUAACAUCACUAUGUUAGUGUCUAUUUGGUCGAUAUUUUUUCUCUUUUUGGAUCGGUCUAGCAUUUCCAAGUACUUGGAUAUUCAUACAUUAAGCUAUACUUGGGUUCGGUAGAUUAUGAAAAAUUACUUUCAUGGCUGGUAGUUUGAUUGCUCCGAAGAAUAUUUGGAUUACUGUUAGGAUUGAAUAUCAGGAUUUUCCAGUGAUUCAUGCAAGAAUAUACAUAUAUUUCUUUCCCAUUUUGGGUAGAUUCUAUAAUUAAAAACAAUUACCCUUUACAUAAGAACUCAAGAAGAAUCCUUCCCUCCCCCCCCGGGGGGACCUUCUCUCUCUCCCUCUGUAUGUGUGGGUGUGUUAAACCAUUUGAUAGCACAAGCUAGCUGGCGGAUUGAAUCAUUUGGUUUUGUUUUUUUUUUUUUU